CUGGUCGAACUCGAACCUCGGCCGGUUCGCGACACCCCUAGUGUUGACUGUGGGCUUGACGGUUUUGCUCACACAUCUGCUACGACUACGACUUUCAAAACGUCAAACCCACGGUGCUCCCAACUUUUCCUACUUCGGGUUCGAUCAGCUCCGCUCUGUGGUGUGGUGCUUCGGUGUGAUUCAUCACCAGACUAGCCAGCCUCAAGCACUCUGACAUUUUUCUGGUAAAAGGUAAAACGCGGCAAAGACAGAGUGAACGCCGCGUCAGCGGAGACUCGGAAGGUUGCCUGCGGCGAAGCGCCGACAUGUGCACGGAGCGAUGUACCGCCGACGCGACUAUCGCCAAAAGAUCUGCCCGAGCGGUGAACUCGACCACCUGAAAAGUCACCCCGAUGCCAGCAUUUACUUUUGCAGGCUGUGCCUCCUGAUGUUCCACGGACAAGCCACCUACUUGCAUCAUGUUUCCGGCGGACACUGCAACCGCGGUAAGCACGAAUACGCUGCGUGCGGCAUGGCCGGCUGCGCAUUCAGAGGCACCUGCUCUUCGCUGGAGUAGCAUUGCAUCCACACUCAAGGCGCACCUAGCGAAAACCUUCCCUCGGACGAGUUGACCUGCAGGGCCUGUUCAUCCAAGUUGUAUGUGCUCAUCGACUUCUUGAUUCACCUCGCGAACGACUGCCAUGCCAGGACUCGGAGUGCGACGAAGGCAGACGCUGCCAUCUCCCUGACUCCAUCAAUGAUGGAACCGCAGGUCAUUGUCAUGGCUGUCACCCCUCCUUUGGAAGAAGGUUGCACCGGGCGUCGACAUGAUCCCCUGCCCCCGAGAACAGAGCCAACGCUUGUGUUCGGUGGAUUGUGAAUCAUCCCACCAAUCCCACGGUUGCGUUGUUUGUUGGACUUGCAGAAACGAGGCUUCACUCUGUUCAGAGCUUUGUGCUUGCAGCGAACUAAAGCAACAAACUAAUGGACACAACACCGGGCCAACCUCUCUGUGUGAUGGCAGUACACUCUGGAGCCACUGCAGCCGGCAGAGUGAUGCGGAAUCCAGAUUCCGCAAGUGCGGUAGCCCUCAAACCCCAGGAGGACCAGUCAACAUUGCCAAACAAAAAUAAGUUGAAAAAGGUCUAUGGGUUCAAUGUAUUAUACCUCUGUGCCGACUGUAAAGAGCGCUUCAACGAUGCUUCCGAAAUUUCUUUUCACAUUAAGUAUGAGCAUAAAAAAGGUGACAAACACCCGUCGCCAAUUUCGCUGUGGGAUGACUCUGCAAAGAAGUACAGACCACAGCACUUAUGUGCUGUCAAGUCUGCAAUUCAUGAGUACAGCUGCCUACUUUGUACUACCUUCUUCACCACAGACUGCAAGACCUUCAGGUCGCAUAUGAUGUCGGUACAUGGCCAGUAUUGCUGCAUUCAGUGUGGGCGCAACUUUGGUUCCAAGGGUGGUCUGCACACACAUGUGGCUGUGUCACAUCAGAAGUACAAAGACAACACUGUGUUCUGCUCUACACUUGCAGGCGAAAGUGCAGAUGACAAUGACAAUGCAUCCUGUAAGGCAGUUGGAGGUUCCCCUGUAAAAGACUCGCCUACAAAGAACCAGAAUGUGAAAAAAAAACCGACGAGAAACACCGAGAAUGUUGACGCUUCCUAUGCUGCACACGAAAGGACCGGGACGCACGGGCAUGCUCAUCCAAGAAAGGACGCAAGUAGGUAUACUUGCAGUUCCUGCAUGCAGCCGUUCACUAAUUCACAGGACAUGUAUCACCAUGCUUUCAAGGCCCAUGGCAUCUACAGCUGUGGGUAUUGCUCUUGGACGACCAUUGACGGUGUGGAGCGUUUGCGUCUACAUCACUGUGAGGAACACGAAGGUCUUCACUUCGUGAGCCCAGUUAAGUGCCGCUCUCCUAGCCAACAUGCUUUAGAGUCCCCCGUGGUAGUUGCUGGAACGGUUCCAGUAGAAGCCACUUCCAGAAGUGAGAGCAGGACCGUUGCCACACCUCAAGUUGAAAAAAUGUUGAUCGCUCAUCGAAGCUUUGUUUUGAAUACGGCUUCAAAUGAAGUUUACCCUGCAAAAACGCAGAUCUUCAAAUGCCAUAUUUGCGAGGCCGAGAUUGGGGAUGUGUUGAGCCACCUUUACCAGGAACAUGGAGUGCUCACAAAUCCAGAUUCCAGUUAUUGCGGGUCAGUAGCGCACGGUCUACGGCUACACCAUCAUGUGGUGCGCAGCAAGACCUCCAGUGGUGGCCAGAUAAUGGGGAAAUCGGGACCAGGUUCUCCAAUGUCAAUGGAGGAACUGCCCCUCAAGAUGCCGGUCAUGCUGGAGGAAAAAGUGGUCACAAGGACACCAAGUUUUUGCAGCAGCAGUUACAGUGCAGACCUGCUGCAAACUGAGCUACCGAUGUCCAAUGAUUCUGACACAAGAAGCUCAGGCAAUCAAAGCGUUAUUGUAGCUGAUGCAAAUUCUGGUGACCCAUGCUCUGUCAUGAGUGACGAAACAAACUGCUCUUUUCUUGAACAGUCCCUCACGUCCAAGUCUGAAUUGAUAACCUCAGAUGUCAGCUGCAAUGAUAACCAAGAGCCCUCUGGCCAUUCGAGUUCCAUUUCAGACACGAACUCGAGCCACAGUGAGAGUGGCAGUGAUGGAGAAGCAGUUGAAAUGGAGGAAGGCGAGAUAAAAGAACCGUGCAAUUCCUUCUCUUGUAAUAAAUGCAGCAAGCACUUUACCACACGGGUAGCUCUGGUCUGCCACAUGGUGAAGAUCCAUAAGCAAUGUGGCUUCUGCGUCUACUGCAACUACAGCUCGACAACAACGGUAUGGAUGGAGCUCCACCAAAGAUGCAAGCAUCGCGGAUAUUCAUUGAGGUAUUUGGCUCUUCAUGGGUGCAAUCUUGAAUUAGUGGUAGGUGCUUCAACAAAGAGCCACAAGAAGCCUGUUGUCAAGGGGACUUACUCAUCUUUUGACUUGUCUAAGCAGGAAUUGCUUCUAAGUAAAUCUCUUCUGAAAAAAAUGGACAGGAGUGUAUCUGCCAAGGGGCACCGGACUGCCCUUCACAAUGAUUCCACAGGCCAUAAUCUUUCCAGGAAGCAUUAUUCCGGUUCAAAAAAGCAUAAGUUCACCAAAUUGUGCAGCAGCAACCGGAUUAAGAAACAAGGGAAGAGCAGAAGAGAGGGAGAAAGGAGAGUGGUCUUCACAUUGAGUUCGUCGGAUGAGAUGGAUGCCCUCCCCACUUCAGUAGAGAAGAAUGAAGAAGCCCCGGUGGCCAUCAGGACGUACAGCGGCUACCGCGUCCCCAAGUCGGCAGCAGCUCUUGCUCACCUUGCUCACUUAGGGCACCGUUUUCAUUGUUGCAUGUUUUCAUGCUCCUUCAGCACCGAUUCUCAGUCGGAGUUCAGUGACCACCUGGACGGUCACACCGAGUCCGGGCAUCAGCUCAUGUGCAUCUACUGUGGCGAAACGGUGCAGUCAUCGAGCGAUCUGCUGAGUCAUCUUAACGCUAGGCACUGGACCCUCCAGCAUCAGUGCGCUAUAUGCCUCUAUCGGGGAUCCUGCAAACUCUACGUGCAGUGCCACUUCGAGCAUGCGCAUCCAAAGGCACUCUUCGCAAGCCUCGUAGUGCUUCCCCAUCAUCAAGAUGACCGAUGUCCAAGGUCUUCCCCAUUGCUCACAGAAGUAACCCUUCGUCCAUACCGCUGUGGCUUUCCCAGCUGUGAUUUCUUCAUCCAAGACACGGCAGCAUUCACUGAACACCUGAGACAGUCCCACCGCGGAGCAACCUGCUUUGCUUGUUCCGAGUGUAAUCAGACGUGGGGCUCUAUCGCACAGCUCAUGGAGCAUUUGAUGGAGCAUGGAUUCGCUGCCGUCCAGUGUGGCUACUGUCCGGCCACGGCGACCACCAUGAGUGGCAUCCUGCUGCACCUGUGCUAUUGCCACGCCGAUGUGGGCCCUAAGUUCCUCAUCAGAAACAAUGACCUCGAAGAAAAAUUCCACAGUGGCAGAGGUGCAUGGACCAUCUGCCGAAACGCAAUGCUGGAGAAUUUUAGGUUCGUGGAGUUCCAGCAGCGCUGCUAUUGCUGUUUGCGUAUGCUGACGGGCUUCAGAGAGCUAAAAACCCACAUGGCACUUGAGCACCAGCUCUCUCCGGUGCCUGAAGAGCUCGCCGACCGCUUGUUCACAUUGUACGACUACACGGUGGCCGUCCAGAAAGGACGCUGUCCAUUCUGUUCCUUCGUGGCAGAAGAUUCAGUGGCCCUGCAGGAGCACGUUCUUUACCAGGAACUGCAGUGCAUCGACGUUCGCCACCAGUCGGAGGACAUCUGGCGCAGAGACAAAGACGACAGUCGGUUGCUAGCUUGGGCCGAAGCCAACCUUUGCUUCCAGCGGUGCCGCUAUGUCUGCCCCGAGUGCCUGGAAACGUUUGACACCACAUCCAACUUGGGCCUCCACGUGCGUCGCCAUUACUUCUAUUACCCGGUUACCUGCAAACUCUGCGGCACAACUUUACGGGGCCUGGUUUCUCGAGACAGACAUCUUUUGCAGGAGCAUGGUCUGAAGUCCGACGGCAAAAGCGAACAUUGUGGUUUGAUGCCUGAAGACGUCUCAGCCAAGGUUCAGGAGGUCAUCAGCAGGCAGGAGGCAGGCCUGAAGGAGCACUGCUGCGAGCAGUGCGGCUUCAAGUCAACGAGCAGCAGCUACAUCGAGGAGCAUCGUCUCCGGUGCAAGAUCAUCGUCGAGGAUGAUUCGGAAUUGCCAUUACCCUUCAAGUGCUAUGUCUGCAGGGCAGCCUUUGGCCUUCUGUACCCAUUGCUUGAGCACGGGUUCUGGCAGCACGGCUUUUCCUACUUUUGUGCCGACUGUUACUUUGGGGCAAAUGACAAAGGCACUCUUCGGAAGGGUGGACAUCCUUGCAGAGGUCGUGACGCAUUCCUCGUGGAAAACAAGCAGCGAGGCUCAAGGCGAACUGCUAGGUCUGCACUGUACAUUAGCCAACUUACGGUUGUUGAGGACUGGGAAGUCUACUACAAGAGCAGAGACUUCGAGUAUGAGGGCAUGGAUCGUCUGUUUGUGCAGUUAUGUGAACAGAAAGUCAUGGUGGUGGACCUUCUGGGGGUAGUAAACUUUGAGGGAUAUGUGAGGCUUUGUGACAUCGAGGUGUAAUCUACUUGCCGGCAUCUCUAAGCUAAAUUGGCGUCCCUCGUAAAAAAAAAAGAAAAAUUGGGUUGUGGGUAUGUUUAUACAGUCUAGACCUUAGUCUGCCUCAACGGGCAACUUGUCUCCCAGCUGUAAAUGAGCAAUUUAGCCAGUGCGGUACAACCGCUAGCCUGGGGUCUUUAACGUGCAUCAUGCAGUGGGGAUACAUGGCCUGCUUGUUGGUACGAUGCUCAUCUAGAUCGAAACGGGCAGGGGUGUGGAUUGAGUUGGUGUCCCUCACUUUUUUGGCACUCCGCUUUUUUUCCUUCAGCAGGUUCUAUUGUCAAGUGCUCUCUUCCGAGUUCGCUGUGUGACCCUAGCUGAGGGGGCCAGUGACUGCACUUUGCCAUUUUAGCCUGGUUGCCAUUUGGCAGAUCUUCGAAAAGCUGUCUUUUUUGCACUUGACUGACUUUCCGCGUUUCUUGUCUGCCUCUUUUUUUUUUUUUUUAAGACGGGUCUGAAAUGUGUUUUGUUUGCAUGGCUUUGGGCUACUGCAGUUGUGCCAAAGUGAACAAACUGUUUAGGCCCAACUGAGGAAUGCCACUCAACGCCUUGGUGCAUGCAGGUUCACCAUUCACAUCAGCAUUUGCGGUUCUCCCUGAAUAGGCUUACUGAAUUCAAAAGAUGUGUGCGCUGGUCUUAGUUCAUUGUGAUUCCAUACACAAUUUCAGCAGCCUUGAUUCCUUGAAAGGAUGCGGAACCGAAAUCUGGAUUCCCCAAAACACGCGGCAGAAGCGUGCAACAGGAUGCUACAAACACCAAAACAUCAAUCAUACAGUGAUAUCUCGAACGGAUGACCGUAUUUUUAAAAAAAAGAUGCGCAUUUGGCAGGAAUCUUGACGUCAUGUUUCUCCAAGAAGGAGAAGGAACGGCCUCGCGUCUUCUUCGCCUCGCGACCUUGAGGGAGCGAAGCGAAGAGAGGAGGAAACUAGGUACCUUGACGGUCGCGCGCCUCGUCCACCUGGUUCAAUCUUGACUUCUUUUUCCAAAGAUACGGCUGUCCAUUUGAGAUGCCGCCUUACUAGUAGUGUUGUAGGGAUUGUAGUGUCCCGCCUACAUCUCCAGCAUUGUUUUUUUUAAAUCCAAAUUUCGGUUCACCAUCCCUUUGAGCUGUGCCUUAGGUUGGGGCCUUAUAAAUAUUUGUAGUGAAGCAGGGGAACAUUCAUGUAAUAUCAGAAAGGUCAUAUAAUUUAGCGAGCCUUCUCUUUGUACAUAUCCCAAAUAAAAGCAUUCAAAGGCUUCAAACUUGCAAUAAAAUGCUUAGAUGGGCCAGUUGGUACAUCGUGGAAAAAUAAGCGCCAAAAAAAC